UAUUGUUUUUUUGUUUGUUAUUAUUUUCAUUGUCAGUUUUACCGAGAUUAAAUGCAUGACGUCAAAUGGGAACCAUUUUAUUUCGUAGUUGGAGUGUACAGAGUCCAUAAAAUCAGAGAAUCGAAGAAACCAAAUGAAAACCAAGUAAACCAAACUAUGCAAAUAAAGAGAAUAUGUUCAAUAUGAAUGUGGAAAGACACUAGAAGAAACUCAAUAACAAUGAAACUAUUAAAAAAGAAAGAAAAAAACAAUGGUAUAGGUCAAGUUUUUCUUGUGACUUGUUGUGAUUUUAUAUAAAAUAUUUUUGUGUCUGAGUAUUAAGUCACGGUGCUGUACGUUUGACCUCAACUGUCAAUAUUUCCAUGGCAAUCAGUAUUAUUUGAUAUUUUUGGAAGAGUUGAACAAAGCUAUCGUUUGUCUUGUGAUCUGUCUAGUUUGUCUUACCAACAUGGCGGGACUUAAAACUUUUACUGACGACUUGGAAGCACAGUUAACUUGUGUUAUUUGUAACGAUAUCUUUACUGAUCCAAGGACACUACCGUGUCUACAUACUUUCUGCUUUAAAUGCAUCAAAAAUUGGAACGAAGCUUGUCAGAGAGAAAUGAAGAGACUAAGGUGUCCAACUUGUCGAGCAGUAGUCAAGAUCGAAGGAGACGACAUCUCGAAGCUUCCUUCUUCCUUUACAUACAAAUCGCUGCUUCAGCUAUUCAACGUCAUGAAGACCAAGACUGACGAACAGAGCCAACAGCAGCUUCCAGAGUGUGUAGGUUGCAACAAACGAAGCGUAUUGGUUGGAUUUUGUCCUCAAUGUGAAGGAAUGAUUUGUAAUGAAUGCAUCAACCAACACAAAACAAAGUCAUCAAUAAAAACCCAUCAAGCAACGCUGUGGAGCGAAUUCAAGACACAAAAUGUCAACAGUUACAUUAACAAUCAAUCCAUUUGUAAGGAGAAAUUUCACCAGAAAUGCCGUCUCGAUUACUACUGCAUCACUUGCAGAAAGUGCAUUUGCAAUAAAUGUUCUGCAACAGCACACAGCAUCCAUGACAAGGUCAGCAUCGAGCAGGCAGCUGAAGAUGCUAAAAAGCUUAUCAGAAACGAAAAGGAUCGACUGAAUGAGCUGCUUAUCGGUUACAAGAAAGAUUUAGAACUGUCCAAUGAAAAUAUGACAAGGAUUCAAAGCGAGGUUGAUGCAGCAAAGGCAAAAGUACGAAAUGAUACACAAGCUCUGAUGAAGAUUCUACAAGACCGUCAAAACGCUUUGAUUGCUACCUUGGACGGCCUCCUUGCAGAACAAACAACAGCAAAUGAAGACGAGAAAAAAGAUAUCGACGGCAACAUCCAACAAUUCACUGAACUGAAACAUCAGUGUGAAACAACGGAAGACAAAAACUUAGAGAAAUUCAUAUUAGAAAGCUAUGAAAAUUUACUAGAAGUUUGUAAAACCACAGCGCAAAACAAGUCCAUCUUAUCGACCAAACCAGUCAAGCGAAACACAAGCAUUAGCUUCAUUCCAAACCCGGAAGCCAUUGCCAUGAUGCGAAAAUUCCAACUCGGCGAGGUAGUGGAAAGCGUGACAGAUCCGUCUCGUUGUUCUAUGGAAUCUGUAAGUAACGUCAGACGUGGUUGUAUCAAUGGAUUUGUGAUCGUGACAAGAAAUUCACAAGGGUAUAUAUGCCAUACCAACAAAGGCUCAAUUGAUGUACAAAUCCAAGAUGUUGAUGGCAAGAAUGUGCAGAAAGAACUGAUUGAAACUGAAACUGGAAGAUUUCUAGUUAGAUAUAAAGCAGAGAAACCUUCACCGUACAAAUUUGUGGUGAGUAUUGGAGGAAAAGAAAUCAAAAACUCAGCACAGAACAUUGAGACAAUCCAUGCUAAAGCAGAUUUUAAGCCCUCGACGAUAACUGAUGUCGAAGGGAGGAUGUCCAAUCCUAUUACACUUGAUGUAAAUGACAGUGGCCACAUUGCUGUGGUUAACCGUGAUUUAAAUAAAAAGGAUUUCCGUGUUGUGUUGUUCAAUGCAGAUGGAGAGUAUUUGCGAGACAUUGGUGGUGCAGGAUCAGGAGAUGGUCAGCUGAGUAAUCCAGGUGGAGUCAUCUUCAACGAGUAUAAAAUAGUCAUCAGCGAUAAUCCAGGUGAUUGUGGCUGUAUCAAGGUAUUUGACAUCGAUGGUACCUACAAAAGAACUCUUAUUGGACUACAUAGAGGCAUGUUUUUGAAAAGAAUGUGUACAGCCAAUCAAACCAUCGCAUGUUUGUGUUACAAUACCAAUACUAAGGAGACAUUUAUAAAGUGUUUUGAUAGACACAGUUAUGAUCACCUUCAUGACAUCAAACUGAAUGCCGUCCCCGAUGAAAGUCAUAUAGAGCCUUCCUCAUUAGUUUAUCACAACAAUAAGUACUUUGUAUCGUUUAUUGGUCUGGACGCUGUUUGUGUUUUUGACGAGAAUGGUGUUCUACUGUACACGUUUGGAAUGAAAGGCAACAAAGAAGGUCAGUUUAACUGUGUAGGUGGAAUUGCCGUGUUUGGUAAAGAAAUGCUUCUUGUUUGUGAUAUAUAUAACCACCGCGUGCAAGUCUUCAGUCAAGACGGUCAGUUCAUAAGGUCCUUCGGUAGCCAUGGUUCAGGUUUUGGUCAAAUGAAAUGUCCUUUUGACGUUGCUGUUACACCAGAUGGUCGAGUAUUUGUGCUGGAAUGGUUGGGUACACGAGUGCAGGUGUGGAGAUGAGAUCUGUUGACUGCCUUCAUAGCGAUGUACCCAUGAAACAAAUACUAACUGUUACACACCAAAUAUGUACAAUUGUAGUCAUAGAGAACAUGCCCUAAAUCAGUUGUCCUCUGUAGCAGCAGAACGUUUGUUUUUAUCGUAUUUUAGAAGGACCAAAAAAAAAUCCCAGAUGAAACACUACACUCAAAUUCACAGUUUGAGAACCAUAUUCAUUAUGGAUAGUAAAAUUGCUGUAGUUUAGGAACAAUACAUUUUCUUAGAAUUUUCAGCUUUUCACUCAAAAACCAAGAUUACCAUACUCCGUAUACAAAAUCACAAUUUACAAUAAUUUACGAGAUUGAAUAUUAUUUUAAAGUAA